GCGGGCGGCCGGUGACUCGGUAACCUGUCGCUCAGGUUCCUGUCGGCGCCCUCCCCGCCCGCCUCGCUGCCGAGGUCCUGCCUGGCCGCGAAGAGCCGCGCGGUGCACGGACGCGCCGUCUAGGACGGCGAAGCAGCCUGGACCCUGGGCCCGCACUGUUUUGCCUUCUCAGCACUGGCCAGCACGAAGGACGCCAUGAGCCAGCCAGGCCCCAUGAGCUGCUGCCCAGGUUCCACCAACGGCAGCCUGGGCAGGUCCGAUGGUGUGGCCAGGAUGAGCGCCAAGGACCUGUUUGAGCAGAGGAAGAAGUACUCCAACUCCAAUGUCAUCAUGCAUGAGACCUCCCAGUACCAUGUCCAGCACCUGGCCACAUUCAUCAUGGACAAGAGUGAGGCCAUCACAUCUGUGGAUGAUGCCAUCCGGAAGCUGGUGCAGCUGAGCUCCAAGGAGAAGGUGUGGGCCCAGGAGAUGCUGCUGCAGGUCAGCGAUCAGUCAGUGCGGCUGCUGGACAUUGAGACACAGGAGGAGCUGGAGAACUUCCCGCUGCCCACGGUGCAGCACAGCCAGACAGUGCUCAACCAGCUGCGCUACCCCUCCGUGCUGCUCCUGGUGUGUCAGGACUCUGAGCAGAACAAGCCCGACAUCCACUUCUUCCACUGCGACGAGGUGGAGGCCGAGCUGGUCCAGGAGGACAUCGAGAGCGCAUUGGCCGACUGCCGGCUGGGGAAGAAGAUGAGGCCACAGACUCUGAAGGGACACCAGGAGAAGAUCCGUCAGCGGCAGUCGAUCCUGCCUCCUCCCCAGGGUCCGGCCCCCAUUCCUUUUCAGCGCCAGACUGGGGACUCCCCUCACGCUAAGAACCGAGUGGGCCCCCCAGCCCCGUUCCAGGACCCAGGCUACCGUCACCGGGAAUCGCAGGAAGAGGAGCCGCGGGCAGUGCUGGCCCAUAGGAUAGAAAAGGAGACGCAAAUCCUCAACUGCGCCCUGGACGACAUUGAGUGGUUCGUGGCCCGGCUGCAGAAGGCAGCCGAGGCUUUCAAGCAGCUGAACCAGAGGAAGAAAGGGAAGAAGAAGGGCAAAAAGGGGCCGGCAGAGGGCGUCCUCACCCUGCGGGCGCGGCCCCCAGCCGAAGCUGAGUUUGUGGACUGCUUCCAGAAAACCAAGCUGGCCAUUAACCUACUCGCGAAGUUGCAGAAACACAUCCAGAACCCCAGCGCCGCAGAACUGGUGCACUUCCUCUUCGGACCGCUGGACCUGAUCGUCAACACCUGCGGAGGCCCGGACCUCGCCCGCUCCGUGUCCAGCCCCCUGCUCUCCCGUGACGCCGUGGGCUUCCUGCGCGGCCACCUGAUCCCCAAGGAGAUGUCACUGUGGGAGUCGCUGGGGGAGACUUGGACGCGGCCCCGCUCCGAGUGGCCGCGGGAGCCGCAGGUGCCUCCCUACGUGCCCAAGUUCCACAGCGGCUGGGAGCCACCCCUGGACGCGCUACAGGAGGCACCCUGGGAGGUCGAGGGGCCCGUGUCAGUGCCCGAGGAACAGCCAACCCUUGGGCGCCGACUGUCUGCACGAAGCUCCCCCAAACACAUCUCGAGUGAGCCCACAGCCCCGGGGGACGUGCUGCUGCCCCCUGGCUCCCCCCACUCUCAAAGGGGCUGCCAGCCAAUGCCAGCCAUGGCCAAGUACGUGAAGAUCCUCUACGACUUUACAGCCCGCAACGCCAACGAGCUCUCAGUGCAAAAGGAUGAGCUUUUAGAGGUGCUGGAGGACGGGCGGCAGUGGUGGAAACUGCGCAACCGAAGUGGCCAGGCCGGCUAUGUGCCCUGCAACAUCCUAGCGGAGGCACGGCCUGAAGAUGUCAUCUCUGCCCCAGAGCAGGCCAGUCAGAGAUUCUGGGGUCCUGCCAGCCCUACCCACAAACUGCCCCCGACCUUCGCUGGCAACAAGGAUGAGCUGAUCCACCACAUGGACGAAGUGAAUGAUGAGCUGGCCAGGAAGAUCACCCACUUCAAGAUGCAGCAGUCGCGGCCCUUCCGGGUGGAGCGCAGCCAACCCGUGCACCUGCCACUCACCUUUGAGUCAGGGCCCGAGGAAGUCCGAGCCUGGCUGGAGGCCAAAGCCUUCAGCAGCCGCAUCGUGGAGAACCUCGGCAUCCUGACUGGCCCCCAGCUUUUCUCACUCAACAAGGACGAACUAAAGAAGGUUUGCGGGGAGGAGGGCGUCCGAGUAUAUAGCCAGCUCACGAUGCAGAAGGCAGUUCUAGAGAAGCAGCAGAGCGGGUCGGAGCUGGAGGAACUCAUGAACAAGUUUCAUUCCAAAAGCCAGAGGAGGGUGGAGGACAGCUAGACCUGGCUGUGCCAUUGCCUGGAUGGGCAGAGGGCUGCACCCUGUGCUGGGCCUACCCCGUGCGUCGGGUGUCCUCUUCAUCAGCGUGUUUAUUUUGUACCAAGGACGCAGGCCAGGUGGGGCGGGCACUUGCUUCCAGGCCUAGGCCUGGCUGGCCCUCCUCUACCCCCCAGUUAACACACUGCCCACACCAAGGAUCAGGGUCAGCCCAAACCUGUGCCCACCCCUGGGUCCUCAGCCACCUAUCCCAGACCACAGAACUCCCCAGGGGGAUGGAACUCUUGCACUGGCCUCCUGUGCGUGGAGUGCUCUUGGCCCUGGGAUGCUGACCCCCAGCCUGCCAGCUUCUGCCUCUGCCUGCUUGUCUUACCCCCACACUCAGAAGGGUUGGAGCUCAGAGCUGGCUGGGCAGUGACCUGGCCUCCAGAUUUUCCCCACCCCAGGUGCUUCUGGGAAAGAGCAGCCUGAUCAGGGUCUCCAGGAAAGGGCCCCGUCAAGGUCGGAGGGACCUGAGGACUGGCUUCAGACCUCCACAGAGCCCAGAAAGAGCUUCCCCUGACCAUGUCCCAGUUCAGUAGAGCCUGCCUGCUAUGCUGGUAGCUGUCUGGGGCCCGGAACAAGUGUCACACUCAGAGAUGAGACAAGGAGGCUCUGAGGCCAUGUCAUUAAAACAGUUAUCUCCU